UUGAACAAACAAUAAAAGGUAGAUGAGCAAAAAUUUCACAAAAUUAAAGCCUAAAUGGAAGGGGAAAUGAACAAGUUUGUUAAGGUAUGUCUCUCAAUUUUAGCCUCUCUUUGUUAUUGCCAUUUUUUAGCCUCAAAGAUCUCCACCGGCAAGCUUAGGCUCAUCUCUCUCCUCCCAAUCUUCUUCCUCUUCGCCAUCCUACCCUUCUACCUCUCACAAGUCUUCCCCACAGGCCUAAUAGCUUUGCUUUUCUCUUGGUUAGGCAACUUCAAGCUCCUCCUUUUUGCCUUUGAUAAAGGUCCACUCUCAAAUCACCCACAACGCUCCCUAUUCCAUUUCAUCAUUAUAGCUUCUCUCCCCAUCAAAAUCAAGGAAAACAAAAAACACCCAUUUCUCAAAACUCCCCAAAUCCAUCAAAAUUCAUCUAAAAAAGAUCCAAAAUUGCCUCUAAAUUGGCCUACCAAAGUGUUGCUUUUUGCCAUAUUGGCGGGUGUGCAUGGCUAUAAGCAAAAGGUGCACCCCAAGAUCGUGUUGCUUCUCUAUAGUUGCUUCGUGUAUUUAUCGAUAGACAUCCUUUUUGGCAUAGCCGUCGGUGUAGUACAUGCUACGUCGGAGUUGGAACUCGAACCGCCGUCCGACGAGCCUUAUUUCUCGACGUCGUUGCAAGAUUUCUGGGGUAAGAGAUGGAACCUCACGGUGUCGUAUCUACUGCGUCACACCGUGUACAAACCCGUCCGGUCGUUUUUCGACGACGUGUUGGGGCCCAAUUGGGCUCCGCUUCCUGCGGUGCUGGCGGCUUUCCUUGUCUCCGGUCUGAUGCAUGAGCUACUGUUCUACUAUAUCACACGCGUGAGUCCCACGUGGGAGGUAACGUGGUACUUCGUUUUGCAGGGGGCGUGUGUGUUCGUGGAGUUCGGUGUCAAGAGGGUGUUUUCCGGCAGGGUUCGGCUGCAUUCGGCUAUUUCUGCGGCGUUGACGGUGGGGUUCGUGGUGGGUACCGCCAUGUGGUUGUUCUUUCCACCGUUGUUGAAGACUGGCGUGGUGGAGAAAGCCAUUGAAGAGUGCGAGACGUUGCUGGAUUUUUCUAAGGUUUUAUCGGAAGUAAAAAAGAAUUAUAUAAUAAAGAUAUGUAUUUUAAAAUAUUUCUAUGGCGUGUAA